GGGCAAAAUAACUUAGGAAAUUUCCUCAAGCAGGACGGAGAUUGAAGGGUUCCCCCCAUACAAAACUUGGCCAAAAGAAUGACAAAAUAUUAGUAAAAUGUAAUUAAGAUACCAAAAUACUAUUAUAAUCGAACUCUACCCAGGACCCAAAAUCACCCUCACAUAUAGCGAGGAUCGACGUUGUGCGUAAGCAUACAGAGAGACACAGAAGGGAAAUAUGCGGGAUUCAGCAGUAAUGCUCACAGUGGAGUUCUUGGAUGUAGCCAUGAACACUGUAAACAAAGCAGCCAUGAGUAAAGGCAUGAGUCAUUUUAUACUGGUGCUGUACUCUAACAUGCUUGCCGUUUUUUUGCUUCUUUCUUCCUCUUUCAUGUUCUACAGAACGAGAAUCGCUCCACCGCUUACAUGGUCCAUAGUGGGAAGGAUUUUUGUGCUUAGUUUGCUAUGCUGCGCCGGUCAGGUGUUUACCUACAUUGGGUUAGGAUACAGCUCCCCAACUCUGGCGUCGGCGAUGACUGAUUUAACGCCGGCUUUUACUUUCAUUCUUGGAAUCGUCUCAAGGAUGGAAAGGCUGGAUUUGAGAAGCAAAAGCAGUCUGGCCAAGGCUAUUGGCACCCUGGUAUUGAUCACAGGAGGAUUAGUAGUGACAUUAUACAAAGGUCUGCCAAUUACAGGCUCUCCAUCUUCAGGGGAUGAUAAACUACAGAUUGAGAUGCUUCUUUUGCCUUCAUCAAAUUGGGCCAUUGGGGGUUUUUUCCUUGCAGCUCACAGUUUCAUCCUGGCUCUAAUUUUCGUUUUCCAGACAUGGAUAAUCAGGGACUACCCAUCCGAGAUUCUUAUUACACUCAUUACCUGUGGCUUUGUGACCAUCCUAUCAGCCUCAAUCUCUCUGAUUGCUGAGGAAGAUAAAGAUGCUUGGAGGAUAAGGCCUAAUAUUGAGUUGGUAGCCAUUGGGUACUCCGCUGUGUUUGCAGUAUCACUUCGAAGCAUUGUUCAUACGUGGGCAUGUCACAAGAAAGGGCCUGUCUAUACUUCUAUGUUUAAGCCAAUUGGAAUGGUUAUAGCAGUAUUCAUGGGGGUGUCUUUUCUGGGGGAUACUCUUUAUCUUGGAAGUGUGAUAGGAGCUGUUGUUAUUGCCUUGGGGUUUUAUGCUGUGGUAUGGGGAAAAAUACAAGAAAAGAGAAGUGUUGAAGAGAAAGAGAGGUGCAGCUUCGAGUCAUGUUCCUCGAAAGUCCCUCUUCUUUAGAACACAUGCACAAAUGUGUAGUAUUCCUGCAUGCUCAAAUAAUAUGCAACAUUCAUAUGAAAAUAAACAGAAACCAUGGCAAAUCAGACUUGAUAGAGACAAUCUACAACGCUGGAAGAAUAUCAUCGAGUUCCCCAAAGCAUGGACGUUGAUAAUUCAGAGGAGUCAAAUUUAUCAAGUCUCAUUCAUCUCUUGGCAUUGCUCAGCACAGGUAGUUCAUGGGUGUUGGUGGUUUUUUUUGCUACCUGACUUUGUUUUAAUGGAGGAUAAUUGAAUGAAGUGGUUAAAAGACAUUCUAAAAGCAGUUUUUUUUA